GCUAUUUACUUUCUAGAAGAGAGGGUCAAGCAGGAUCCCCUGAAAAGCCAUUGUCUGACCUGGGUCGUCUCUCAUACUUGGCCUAUUGGAAAAGUGUCAUAUUGGAAUACCUGAACUGCCACCAUGAAAAACAAAUCAGCAUCAAAGGAAUGAGUCGAGCUACUGGAAUGUGUCCACAUGAUAUUGCCACAACCCUGCAACAACAUAGCAUGAUAGAUAAAAGAGAAGAUAGAUUUGUAAUUAUUAGAAGGGAAAAGCUGAUUUCCAGUCAUAUGGAGAAACUGAAAGCAAAUCCACGUAUCAAUGAAGUAGAUCCUGAAAGCUUGAGAUGGACUCCUUUGUUAGUUUCUAACGCUGCAGUUUCUGAAGAAGAAAGAGAAGCAGAAAAGGAGGCUGAGCGUCUGAUGGAACAAGCUAGCUGCUGGGAAAAGGAAGAGCAAGAAAUAUUCUCUUCAAGAACUAAUAGUAGGCAAUCACCUGCAAAAGUACAAUCCAAAAACAAAUAUUUGCGAUCUCCAGAAAGUGUGGCAGUGGUGGGGGAGCGAGGGCAAUCCACAGAGCAAUCGAAGGAAAGCAGUGAGGAGGAUGGUGGGGAUGAGAAUCAGCAGAGUUCGCCUCCCCGACUGACAAAGCCACAGUCGCUGACCAUAAAAAGAAAGAGACCUUUCAUACUGAAAAAGAAAAGGGGCCGUAAACGCAGAAGAAUAAAUAGCAGUGUCACAACAGAGACGAUUUCUGAAACAACAGAGGUGUUGAAUGAGCCAUUUGAUAACUCAGAUGAAGAGCGACCCAUGCCACAGCUGGAACCCACCUGUGAGAUGGAUGGUGAAGAUGAUGACUUGAAGCCUGUGAUUAGAAAAGGUUUUGAGUAUCAACCUGGGCAGCAGAAGCAAGAAGAGGAAGAAGAGCAGAACAAGGAAGAGAAAGAUACUCCUUGUUACAGCAGCGGUGAAAAUUGUACAGAUAAUGCAGAGGAUGUAGCUGUGUUGGAAGAAAGCACUAAAGACAAUCUUGAACCUUUAAAGAGUAAGCAGGGUUGGCCCAAAGGAGUUAAGCGUGGUCCAUCUAAAUGGAGGCAAAGCAAAGAAAGAAAACCUGGCUUUAAGCUUAAUUUAUACACUCCACCUGAGACUCCUAUGGAGCCUGACUAUCAGGUGCUGGUGGAAGAACAAAAGGAAGUAGCUGAAGACAAGCCCUGCCCUGUUCCUGCUGUUACGGAGGAACCUGUUAAAGAACCCGUUGAAGUAUUACCAGUACCAGAUGAUGAGGUAAAAGAGGUAGAACCUGAACCUCUGCAUCCACCCAGUGAACCCUUUGAAAAACAAGAAAAUGAUACUAUGAAAGCUGAGGAAGAAGAAAGCAGUGCAGAAGAAGGUGGAAUCAAUUCAAAAGAUCAAGAAAAAGACAAAGCAGAAGAAGUGUUUGUGCAUAAACAGGAGUCUGUGCAUUUGGAUGAUCAGGAGGAAGAGGAGGAGGAGGAUGAAGAACCUUCUCACAAUGAGGAUCAUGAUGCAGAUGAUGAAGAUGAUAGCCACAUGGGUUCAACAGAAGUGGAGAAAGAGGAAUUGCCUGGUGAAGCUUUCAAAGAAAUGCUGGAAACACAGCAAUCUUUUUUAGAGGUAAAUGUUCAAACUGGUAAUUCAAAUCAGGAGGACUUAAUGGAUUGUGGUGUUGACCUUGCAGCUGAUGAGUGUGAAAGUGACCAGAAAGAACUUGCUACAGAUUCAGACCCAGUGCCUGAAUCUGAUGAUGAUCAUACAGAUAACAACCAGGACCAAAAAGCUGGUGAAGAAUUACAUUCCGAUUUUAAGGGAGAGAGUACUGAGGCUAUGGAGAUUGACUCAGAGACGGUUCAAGCAGUACAGUCUCUAACCCAAGAAGCAAGUGAACAUGAAGAUACAUUUCAGGACUGUGCAGAGACUCAAGAGGCAUGUAGAAGUUUGCAAAACUACGCCCAUAAUGACCAAAGUCCCCAAAUGACCACACUGGAUGAUUGUCAGCAGUCUGACCACAGUAGCCCAGUUUCAUCUGUGCACUCUCAUCCUAGCCAGUCAGUUCGUUCUGUUAGUAGUCCAAAUGUUGCUCCCUUAGAGAACAGCUAUGCUCAGAUUAGCCCAGAUCAAAGUGCCAUUUCUGUGCCGUCUCUACAGAACAUGGAGACCAGCCCAAUGAUGGAUGUUCCCUCAGUUUCUGAUCAUUCACAACAAGUUGUGGACAGUGGGUUUAGUGACUUAGGAAGCAUUGAGAGCACAACAGAAAACUAUGAGAACCCAAGCAGUUAUGAUUCUACGAUGGGUAGUAGCAUCUGUGGAAACAACUCUUCUCAAAACAGUUGCUCGUACAGUAGCCUUACAUCUAGUAACCUAACUCAGAGUAGCUGUGCAGUGACCCAGCAGAUGUCUAGCAUUAAUGGAAGCUGCAGUAUGAUGCAACAAGCAAACAUCAAUUCUCCUCCCACCUGUAAUGUAAAAUCUCCCCAAGGUUGUGUUGUUGAAAGACCUCCAAGCAGCAACCAACAGUUAUCCCAGUGCAGCAUGGCUGCUAAUUUUACACCACCUAUGCAGUUGACUGAAAUCCCUGAGGCUAGCAAUGCCAACAUUGGAUUAUAUGAAAGAAUGGGGCAGAGUGAAUUUGGAGCAGGGCAUUACUCACAGCCAUCUGCCACCUUUAGCCUUGCCAAACUGCAACAGUUAACUAACACGCUUAUGGAUCAUUCUUUGCCUUACAGCCAUUCAGCUGCUGUAACUUCCUAUGCAAACAGUGCCUCUUUGUCCGCCCCCUUAAGUAACACAGGGCUUGUCCAGCUUUCUCAGUCUCCACAUGCUGUUCCUGGAGGACCCCAAGCACAGGCUACCAUGACCCCUCCCCCAAACCUUACUCCUCCUCCUAUGAAUUUGCCACCUCCCCUUUUGCAGCGUAAUAUGACUUCAUCGAAUAUUGGAAUCUCCCACACCCAAAGACUGCAGACUCAGAUGGCCAGCAAAGGUCAUGUUUCUGUAAGAACCAAAUCCACGCCUCUGCCACCUGCUGCUGCAGCCCAUCAGCCACAAAUUUAUGGGCGUGCUUCACAGACUGUAGCCAUGCAAGGGCCUGCACGGACCUUAACAAUGCAGCGUGGUAUGAACAUGAGUGUAAAUUUGAUGCCAGCCCCAGCUUAUAAUGUCAAUUCAGUGAACAUGAAUAUGAAUACCCUUAAUGCUAUGAAUGGUUAUAGCAUGUCCCAGCCAAUGAUGAAUAGUGGAUAUCACAGUAAUCAUGGGUAUAUGAAUCAAACACCCCAGUACCCUAUGCAGAUGCAGAUGGGGAUGAUGGGAACUCAGCCAUAUGCACAGCAGCCAAUGCAGACAGCACCCCACAGUAACAUGAUGUACACUCCUCCGGGCCAUCACGGCUACAUGAAUACAGGCAUGUCUAAGCAGUCUCUCAAUGGAUCCUACAUGAGAAGGUAGGCCCUUUGGAGAGACACUACCAAACUGGCGUAUCGGAUUGAUCUGCACAAAUACCUUUUGGAGAGUACGAUUUCAAAACCAGCAAUUGGUGUGAAUGCAAAAACAUUUGUUGGCACCAUUUAAAAGCUGUAUGCAGCAGAAAGCCUUAUACAAUUUUUUCUUUAUUUCUUGUUUUGUUUUUUUUCAGUUUUUUUUGUUUUGCUUUUUUUUAACUUUGAGAUUUAACUUCUCUUUUCUUUGGGGGGAAUUAAGUGGUUUUCCAUUUUUUAUUUCAUUGAGCUUGAAAUUCUCUGGAAAGGAAGAACUCUUUCUAUGAACUGCAAUUACACAGCAGCUGAUGGUUCAGAGCCAUUUUAUGUGCCUGCUCCCAUUAAAAAUGUGGAUAAAUAGACUCCAAAACUAUCAGACAGUACUGGAUCAUGAGCUUUUUCUCUCUCCUUUCCCCACAUGUAAAUGCCUUUUAGCAGUUCUUUUAUUGUAUUAUUUUGUUUCUGAAGGUGACACUUCUGCAUGCCGCUAAUGUCUUUGUUAGUGACAGUGCAUUUUGUAGUACUGUACAAGUGUUGUGCUUAACAGUAAGCCAUUUCUUAAUUUUUUUGCCUUGAUUGGGUUACCCUAGUUUGAAGGGUAAAAAAACCAGAACUAUAUUUUUGUUAAUUAUAAAACUUGUAAAAAUAAUAAAAAAAGCUGCAAAAAGCUAUUCACAUUUUGGUUAGUUCAAAGGGUUUUAUUGCUGUAUGUUUAGUGUAAAGUUGAGACUCUUUUCCAUUUUUGUGACCAGUUUCUUUGGGGCUGGGAUAGGAAAAAAGGCAGCUUUCUGUUUUAUAAAUACUGUUAUGUUUUUUUGUUGAUCAAAACAUCUCAGUGUUUAUUUGUCAAGUUUUGAAACAUUUUCGUAUAUGUCCAAAUACUUGGCAGGAUUUAAAAAAAAAAAAAAAGUAGUGAAUUUGGUGUAAAGUUGCUAUUUUAUGGAAAUGCCUCUAACUUUACAUUUUCAUUCCAUCUGUAGAUUUUUCUAUCUUUAUAAAAUAUUGGAGUUAUUUUUUAAGGGAAAAAAAUAGAGCAGUAGCGUGUGAAUAGCUCAAACUAAGCUUACAGAUCGCAUGUAAAAAGGCAAAAGUUAUUUGUGUCUGUUUAUAUUGCUUCCUUUUUGUAGCCUUUGUACCUGUACAGAGUGACUGUAAGGGCCGAACAGAAGAGGCUUGAUACAUGUAAAAAUAGGACCCAGUGACACUCUUGUAUUUAUCUGUUAUCUUUUUAGUCAGUCACUUAAAAAAAAAUACCCACAAAAAACCCACCCAAGCAACAAAAAUAAAAACUGCAAAAAACAACACCCCCCUCCCAAGCUGUACAUUUUAACAUAAAAUAAAUUAUGAUGAGCCA